GAGGACUGAGUAACCCGUUCCUGCCCUGUGGCUGCUGUUCCCUGUAUCUGCCUUAGCUUUGCUUUGGCUGUUUCUAUUUUGCGUUGUUACUGCACGCGCGUACGUGGAAAGGGAAAGACAGAACGAAUGCUCUCUUAGAUUAAUGGUCACGGCUGAGGUUGAAGAGAGUAAAAAACGUGAGCAAGCUGAAGGAAUAGAAUCCAAGGGAGCCAAGGGAAAGCUGUCUUCCUCUGCCAGAAAAAGGGAAAGCCCGUUCCUCCUGGCAAGGAAGGAGCGCCAUUAAUAGCAAUCCGAAUAAUAGAUCGCCAGCGUAUAACGGAAGGUCUGUAUGCAUUACGAGAAGUGCUCUGCGUACAUGUGUCUCCAUGUGUGUGACUUUACGUGCCUGUGAAGCGUCAUACUUCACGAGCUGCGAGACAGCAAAUUAUUAUCUUGGGGGAGUGGUGGUCAAGUGACCAGAGCUACUGAAGAGGAAGGGAGCGAGAGAAGGGUCUGAAGUGUAAAACUGAGAGAUCGAUUUCAGGAAGGCUCAAUCAGCGCAAGCCCCGGGUUAGUUAUCUGGCAAUGGUAUUUGGGGAGACGGGAUGACAGUAGAUAGGUUGAAGCCUCAUGGAAUUAAGGCUCCUUCUCACCGGUUCCCGCUUAGAGCAAUUGUAGGAGGAUUUAGUUUCCUCCAGCAGCAUUAAGGUGGCUUUGCCGGUGUCAGCAGACCAUGGUGGAAAGUACUGGGAGGGAGUCGGGAAGGGAGCUGGGACGAGGAACGUGACUCUGCUUUCACUGAACUGGAAGAAUUGGCUAUAAAACCUCCUGCCCUCAAAUUCCCAGGACAAGGAAAGCCUUUUUCGGUAAUGCUUUCCACAUCUGCUGACUGCGUGGGAGCAGCACCGCUAGAAAACGGCAGUAAAGGAAAGCGGGUGCCGGUCGCCUCACCUUUACGUCCCCUUUGGGGGUGGAACAAAAAGUCUCUGGCUGUGAGAAAGACUGUUCAGCAGCGAUGUGGGCUGUAACCGUCUUUGAGACUUUUAGCUUUGAUUGCGCAGGGGCCAUCCAAUCUAUUCAGUUCCCUCUAAAGUAAUCACGUCAGGGAAAUGAAGAGACAGCGGAGUAUCAUCUAUCCGAGUGGCGCAGUGGGCGCUGAUCUUAACGAGCGGGGGCAGGGGGGCAGUUGCUGUGCAAGUGUUACAAGCAGUGGCUCUUCUUGUGCGCGUCUGAAUUGACUGAGGGGCAGAGCAUGGUUGCGCCAAAAACGCGGACGCAGGAGGUUUCCGAGAGGUUGAUCUCUAGCGGCUACUUAGUCUGACUUCCCUUUCACGGCAAGCCCGACUGUCUUCAUAGCUCCCAGAACAGGGGUUGGGGAAGCGGUGCUUGUGGCUUGCGUAUUCUCGUUUACCUUGCUUGAGUGUGUAUAUUGGAUCCGCUUUUGUGCUUAUAAACAACUUUGGAUUCUUAUGAUUUUCUGCAGAGCUUUGAUCUUUUUCUUUUUUUCUUUUUCUUCUCGGUUUGUUUUUUUUUUUUUUGCUUUGCUCCCUCCCUGAUGGAUUUUACUAUGCCUCCGUCAACGAGCCCUGGCUGGCAAAGUUGCUGUGUCCCAGCGGAGACUCUUAGGCGAGAUGGAGGAGUUCAGAUCCGCAGCCUGCCAGAAGAACGUCGCCCAGGAGGGGUUGCUAGCCUCGAGCUAUAGGCGCUGGCGUUCAGGACCUCGGGGAACGACUGUGUGCUGCCGUGAAGAACUACAGGCUACCACUGCUCUUGGACCUUUGUAAGUUAUCACGCGUCGAGAGCUUCCAGGAGAAUUCAAAUGCCAGCAGAAAGGUUCUCCGCCCGGUCCCGACGAGGAGGCUUCGGCCACAGGAAGGUCGGCAGCGUCCUUACCGGACUCGCGGAUGGGUCAGCUGUGACCGCACCCGUCUUUGCCUUGCUUCGCUGCCUAGCAGCAACUUGGGACGCCAGAGUAAAAACUGCCGCAGCGCUUAAGGGAGGCUCUGCAUUUGCCCAGGAUGCUGUUCUGAGGGCCAGCAACUCGAAGGAAUGCAGCUCGGCCCUUUUUGUUGACUUUGGUGAUGCUGUUUUGAGGAAGCAUGUAAGUACAGAAGGGGUCUGGGAGGGUUUUCAAACAAGACGGGAAAGAGCAAGGAAGAUUUGAGAGCGUGGAAAAACUAGGUGCCGCGGGUACUGAAGUUGUUACGGGCUGAGGGCGUUUGGCGUUGAGCAUCUGAGAGGGGCUAAUGCAUGAGGAAUGGUAAAAUGCUGUGACUGAACGCGAGGUUCCUCCCCGGCCUGGGCCCGUGUGUGCACCCUCGCUCCCACAGACACCCCGGAGCCGUAGGGAAACGGGUGAGCAGGCCCACGAGCGGACUUUGGGCACAGCGGUGCGCAGAGAGCGCUGCGGGCUCAGCCGGUGGGGUGGAGUCGGAGCAUGGCGAGCCAGGCUGUCAGGAUCCAUCCGGUUCCGCUCCCUGCCCCUCUGUCCAGCGCUCCAUCCUUCUCUUUCUUUCCCCGUGGCUCUGUCCAGUGCCCCAUCCCUUUGUUUAGCUACUCGUUCCUCUGCCCAGCUCCCCCAUCCCUCUUGUACUCUUUCCAUCUCUGUGACAAUAUCUGCGUCCAUCUAACUGGCUCUCUAUCGCUCUAUCCAGCUCUUCAUCGUCCUCUUCCUCUUCCUAUCCCAGUACCUGCCCGCUGUCCUUCCGUGCGGCUCCCCAUCCGUCUGCCGCUCUCGUCUGCCUUUCUGCCUGUACUUCUCUUUGCCUUCCCAGCCCUCUGUCCACCCCUCCAGCCAUCUCUCUCUAUUUCCAUCCCUCUGCUCAGCUCCUCAUCCAUCUAUUUGCCUCCCUAUCCCUCUUUUCCCCUGUUUUGUCCCAUCUCUCUGUCUGAAUUGCCCUCCCUCUUUUUCUCUCUCCACCUUUCUGGCCACCUCUUCGUCGUUCUCGUCCUCUUCCCAUCGCUCCUACUGGCUCCCUGUCCCUCUCUUCCCGUCCCCGUUCCUCUCUCCGGUUCUCCCCCCUUCUCUGUUGCUCCCUCGCCGUUCCUCUGGCCGCCUCGCCUUCCCCAUUUUUCUCUCUUCUGCUCCCCGGUCCUCUGUGCAGCCCUCCCUCCAUCUGUGUGGCCCUCUGUCCCUCUCUUUCUCUUCCUUUGUCCAGUGCCCAGACCCUGGGGCCGGCUCUCUGUCCCUCUCUUUCUUUCUCCCUCCAUCCAUCUGCCAAGCUCUCUGCCCCUCUUUUCUUUUGUUCUCCCCCCUGUCCCCGCGUCCAGGUGGAGGUCUGUCGUUCCUUUGCGUUUUGUCUGGUGCGGCGGGUGGCGAGAGGUGGUCGGCGCUCGGCAGAGAUGGUGAUCGGCAGCGCCCGGAGGGUGUCGUCAGUUGGUCUGGUUCGGGUCACGUCGGACACCUCCGCGGGGACUCUGCCCGCGGAGGCGCGGGGCUGUGGCUGUGCAGCGGGGGAGCACUAGCGGGCUAGAGAUGCCGUGGGGUACACGGCAGGCAGCGAAGAGGCUCCUGGGGAAGGUGUCACAGAGGCAGAGAGCAGCAGAGGCUCCGAGACCUUGGGCGUUAGGACAGGCGCUCGCGGUAGGGCGGUCUGGAGCUGCUGCUGCUGUCUGUCCUACUCGUCAGCGCGGUCUGCAGUUACUGCCUCUUGUCUGCCUGCGCGCAGCCAGGGCUGUCACGUGGUGCAGCUUGAGUUGCGAUUGCGAUGCUGGCAUUGAGCCCACUUUUCUGUCAGGUCUGCCUUUAAUGCAAAGUGGUGUCUUCCCUAUGUCUACAGCUCAACCCAUGUUGUUGAUUUAGUGCUUCCUGAGGGGAUAUGCUGUGCUGUCAACACGCACACCCACCCCACCCCUGCCAUCGCUUCCUGAUGAAUGCAAUCAUUUACAUAGCUUCUGGCUUGUUUCUUUCCUUGGAACUCCUUUCUCUUUGCUGUUCUGGUCCCUCCAAACAAUUUCUGUUUCUAGCAUUAUUAGUGUUGGGCCCUAAACCUUCUAGACCUUCCUUCUUUGAAGUCCAGAGGUUCCAGUAUUGUUUGUACUUUGAGAGUAAAGGUCCUUCACAACUCAUGUCUUAAGUAUGCAACUGUCUUACCUGGGAUUUUCGUUUUCGCAAGUUACUGUUUCUUUCAGGAGCCAGCUACAACAGUAACUUUGCUAUAGCAGAGAAAUGGGGUUACAUGUGUAUGAGCAACAGCACCGUAGUACACAGCAAAGCCAUAAUCUACAGUACUGGUAGCACAAGUCAGUUUCCCAUCAGCUCCAUCUCUCCAGGGUUUGGAGGUUUUGGAGGCCUUACUUUUUAUCCUGCCUUGGCUGGACGGUGCUUUCUGAGAGUGUCCAUCAGAGGCAGAGUUUCCCUGCAGAGGACCAUCUAGCAAAGGCUGGAGGCGGCCGGGUGCCUGAGCGAGCCUGCCUGUCUGUGAGAGCUGCUGUGACAACUUUGUGAUGAAAUGGAGCCAGAGAGGGUGACUGAAGCAGCACGGAGGGUCAGUCAUAACUGUGGGAACAAUCACGGGCCUUGGACUAGGGAGCAGUUCUAGGAGGGCUGUGCAGUUGCCCGGCCUCUCACUAACUGCUCUGGCCUCUUUGCAGGUGCCGAAGCCCAGUCGGGCAGUCGAAGGAGCCUUGUCACAGCUGGGAGCUCUGUGGAGAUGCGCGGCUGGCCAUGGAGAGUGAGCUCUGACUUGCAGCGUGGACACAGCUAAGUCCUGGGCUGCAUCAUAUGUGAGCAGUGCUGGGAGGUGCGAGGUGAUUGUUCCCUAGGUGGUCACUGGUGUCACUGGCUGUGGAUGUUUGCCCAUGGAGCUGAGAGGACCAAAAAUAUUAAUUGUCUGACCCGGAGAUGAAUUAGUGCUUGCAGUGCUUCAGGUAGGUUCAGUGCAAGUGCAGCCUAGUGCAAUCCUGUGGAGUGAUUCUUGCACAUGCUCACAUUUGAAUGGUGGCUAAAACCAAGCCUCUAAACAGCAGCUGUAACGUGAUUCUGGUGCAUGUCUUCCCGUUCUGCUGUGCUUCUAGAGGAAGGGAAAACUUCUUAAGCUGUGGGCAAAACUCCUUGCCUUCUCUUUACUGUUUUCAUGCGUAUGGGUGCUUUGGUGUUUGUUGCUUAAAGCUGAGGUUUGGAAUUUUUCACUUAAGGUUUAUUGUUUAGUUUGCUGUUGAGGGUCUCUCACUCCAGAGUUACAGUUUAUUCCUUUCUUUUGUGGGGCUCAGUCUUUAUCAGUCAGGGUUUACAGUUUGCUCGUUUAGUGAUCAGGGCGCAGAAUUUAAAAUCCAACCUUAGCCAUAAAUUUUAAAGUCUCGGCAACUAUUAGGGUUCCAAGACCUGCAGUUAGUGUUCAGGGCUUAUGACUUACUGAUAAAGGAAAAGGGCUAAAUCCUUAGAUAAACUGUAAGCCCUGAAGCCUAAGCAGCAGGCUGCAAACCCUUCUUUGGGCUUUGUAACCUUCCCCUGUACCCAGCGUUCAGCUCUGCACACCGACCUGCGCUCUGGAUUUGAUAUGGCGCAGGCCCAUCACACGGAGACUGGCAAUGUGACGGGUGAGCUGAGAGCUGUGGAAGUGUCUUGCAGGGCUCUAGCCUGGGGUAGGGCAGAAGUGCAGACAGGCAGGAUCAGGCAUUUUCCUCUCAUCUCUGAGAUGAAUCCUAUCCCUGAAGGAAAAAGCAGAGGAGUAGGCUGUCAGCUACUCGGACACCUGCCACAUCAAGGGCAGCAGCAGGAGAUGACCCUUCCCUGAUGGAUGGAUGGACGCUGGUGUAGUGAUGACUCUUCAGGCAUCACAGGUAAGGGGAAGCAUGCUGACACUGAGCUCCAUGGCAGACUUGCUUCCAGCUAUUGUUUCUGCGCAGUAAAACAAUAAACAGUUGCUUUAUUCUUUGCA